UGUAACCACCUGUUGCCGAGUACAAAGGUUAAUGCAGAACAAGGUGUCGCUCCGUUGCUGCUAUCCUCCUUGUCUAUGUACAGGGUUGAGCCUCGAUAUACAAAUAACACGUCGAGCUGAGGCGAGAAAUCAUCCAAAAGGCUGUGAAUAUGAACAUCCUCCUGCUGAUGAGCUGUAUAGGAAGCAUUGCUGCCCAAAUGACAAAUAUUUCAGAAUGCUCUACCCAUGAGGACAAAUCAAUUCCUACGAAUCUUGAUAGGAAUACCACCGUUCUCAACCUGGCUCAAAAACAGAUCAGCUUAGAUGAGUGCGACCGACAAGCUUUAAACAACUAUCCCAAUUUAACGGAGCUAAACCUUAGUGACAACAAUAUCACUGGCAUCCCUGACAAAUUCUUUUCCGGACUUUCCAAACUUGAAGCUUUACUACUCAGAAAUAACUCAAUUCAUAAUAUUGGCGAAAGGUCAUUUGACGGGUUGGAAAACCUGAACAUCUUAGAUCUCAGCUCCAACCAAAUAUCUGGCAUGGAUAUAACGCAGGCACUAAAGACACUGAACCGUACUAUAAAAGUCAGGUUGUAUGGGAAUCCAUGGAAUUGUGACUGCUCCCUGCUCAAUUUGUCAGCGUGGCUGAAUGAAGACCUGGUGAUACUUGAAAACGAGGCCUCCACUCUAUGUGCCACACCUCAAAGCAUGCAAAACCUCACGAUCAAGGCACUAAAAGACGUAGCGAGCGACCAGCUUAACUGCACUGGCAGCAUGAACGGCUCUGUGACCUCUGCACCAGCUUUGACUUCAGCUCUUUUGGCUACAACGUUCAACGGAACUUCCAGUCCGCCAAAGAAAGGGAACACCUGGAGGUUCCUAGUGGGGGUGCUGAUUGUUGGCAUCAUUACCUCGUUAUUGAUAUUAUUUGCCAUUAAGUUUCCGAGGUGGUACGACUACCUGUUAAGUUACAAUCAUCACCGCUUGAAGGAAGAAGAGCCCUACAUGUUUGAAGAAGAGUUUAAUGUUGAUGAAGAUAUCAGCACAGUUGACAAAAACAUGGACGCCGACAAAACCAUAGUGAUUUUUGAGCAAACGCAUUCGUUUGUGGAAGAAGACGAUGGAUUUAUUGAAGACAAAUACAUUGACGAACGCAUCGCAACAGCAAAUAGUUAAGAAGAACGCUCCAAAAUUCUUAUUUACAAUGUAAAUAUGUGUUACCAGUUAUUACUAAUUAAGUUUUGUUUCCUGUUUGUUUCAAUGGUUUUUACAGCGUAGGCAAUCUCCGGAUUGUUUCAGAAAAAUCGAAUAUCUAAAGAUGCAUUUGCCCACCGACAAAAGGAAAUAUAGCAAAAAGUUUAAUAUAUUAAACAAUGGGAAUCUUUUGUAUUUGUUCCGCAUGUUAAGCAUUUCUAUAUCGUCACCUGAGCCAAGUGUGAUUGUUUAUUAUUACACUCUGGGAAGUUCCUUCCUUCUACUCUAACAAAUAGAAGCCAUGUGUGGAAGGACGAGGACUAAAACCAGCAGCAUUGAGAGCGGAUAGUGCAAAAGCACCGAAAAGUGCUAAAGAAA